UCGUACUUUCGUUUAUUUGUCUCUGUCGGAGAGUGUACUCUAUUUAGCACAUGCAAUUAAAGACGCAUACCCUCCUUGAUACCGGCGAAAGAUCUUGCCAAAAAUUCUUUGCGUGUGACGUAUAGCACUGAGUUCUAGUAAGCUAAGUGCGUUUGCAAACAAUCACGAGAAAGGUUGAUUCAGAACUGGAAGAACGGAAAGGGAAACAUGCAGAAGGUCGACAGCAAGUUACAGGAGAAAAUUGACGAAUGGCUUGAAUGGGACAAGAAUGAAGGCACUACCCAGGAGAUCAAGUCACUCUGUGCAUCUGGUACUUAUGAAAAGUUGUCAGAUAUUUUAUUAAAUCGCCUUGAAUUCGGAACAGCCGGCUUGCGAGGACGAAUGGGAGCCGGUUAUGCUCAAAUGAAUGAUUUAGUCAUUAUACAGACGACACAAGGAUUUACAUCUUAUUUGGAAGAGGUAACAAAACAGUCACCUGCUGCAAUGAAUAGUGUUGUUAUUGGAUAUGAUAGUCGCCACAACAGCAAAAGAUUUGCUCAGUUGGCUGCUAACAUUCUCAUACGCAGAAAUGUGCAAGUGUAUUUGUUCUCACAAAUAUGUCCAACACCUUUUGUUCCAUUUGCCAUUCUGCAUUUCAAAUGUGCUGCUGGGAUCAUGGUAACUGCAUCACAUAACCCUAAGGAUGACAAUGGAUACAAAGUCUAUUGGAGCAAUGGUGCACAGAUCAUAUCUCCUCAUGACAAGAACAUACAGAAGCACAUUUUAAAUAACCUUGCCCCCUGGGAAAAUUCAUGGGACACAUCAAUAUUACAAAGUAGUCCUCUCAUGAAAGACCCUCUACGAGAAGUGUGGGAUGCAUACUAUAGCAGAAUUCAAGAUGACAUAUUGUUUGCAAAUUUAAAUGCUAACACAUCAGUUAAAUUUACGUAUACACCACUGCAUGGUGUUGGAUAUCCGUAUAUGUUACAGGCUUUUAACACAGCCAAUUUUAAGCCAUUUAUAGUAGUUGAAGAACAAAAGGAACCUGAUCCAGAAUUUCCCACUGUAAAAUUUCCAAACCCAGAGGAAGGAAAAAGUGCUCUGAAUCUUUCUUUCACCACAGCAGAGGCUCAUGGAAGUACCAUUAUUAUUGCCAAUGAUCCUGAUGCUGACAGAGUGGCAGUAGCUGAGAAGUCUUCUUCUGGAGGUGAUGCGUGGCGCGUAUUUACUGGAAAUGAGUUAGGUGCCUUGUUAGGAUGGUGGAGCCUUUUUUGCUUCAGAAAACGCUUCCCGGAGACGGAUAUGAAAGAUGUUUAUAUGAUGGCCAGCACUGUCUCUUCAAAAUUUUUGAGGUCCAUGGCAAAUGUGGAAGGAUAUAAUUUUGUGGAAACACUGACAGGCUUUAAAUGGAUGGGAAAUAAAGCUGACCAACUUAUUGCAGAAGGGAAGCAUGUUAUCUUUGCAUUUGAAGAAGCAAUUGGAUUUAUGUUUGGAACAGCAGUGCUUGACAAAGAUGGAAUUUCAGCUGGAGUACGUGUAGCUGAAAUGGUGGCGUAUUUGCAAUCAAACCAGUUGACCCUCGCUGAUAAGCUGAAUGAUCUGUAUACAAAAUAUGGUCAUCACAUAAGCAAAAAUUCUUACUUCAUAUGCCAUAAGCCAGAGAUAAUGAAGAAGAUAUUUGAAAGGUUACGGAACUUUCAAGAUGCACCAGGCACUUAUCCAGGAUCACUUUUACAAGGAAAGUACCAAGUAAUUGGUGUUAGAGAUCUUACAACUGGUUAUGAUUCCUCACAACCAGAUAAGAAAGCUCUGCUGCCUACAUCAAAAUCUAGUCAGAUGCUGACUUUCACAUUUAAGAAUGGACUAGUUGCUACCCUGCGUACUAGUGGUACUGAACCAAAACUCAAAUACUACACAGAGCUCUGUGCGUCACCAACUGAACAGAAUAUUGAAGUACUCAAAGAUACCUUAGAAGAUAUGAUCAAAGGCAUUAUUGAAGAAUUUCUGCAACCAGAAGUUAAUGGGCUCAUCCCAAGGCAAUAAAAACAUGUAAUAACUGUAUUGUCUUCACGUGUACGUAAUAACUGUAUUGUCUUCACGUGUACAAUUACAAAUGUACUUGUAUUUACGCAAAGUUUGUAUAUUCAUUCAUUUCAUUUUCUGGGUUGUUAAUAAUAUGUUCCCUCAUAUUAUUGAAUAUUGGAAGAUAUUUGAACAAGGGCAUUUCAUGAGGAGGAUACAGUGUCUCAAAACUAAGGUUCCACAGUAUGCUAACUAGCUUCUCAUUUACUGUGUACUGCGAAGAUUCUGAAGUUCCUGUAUUUAUACUUCAAAUAUGUAAGUUAAGAAUUCGUAGUAUGCAGUUCAAACAUUUGGUGGAAAAAAUAAUUUAAUUUCCAAAUUUUCUUGUUUAUGUGUUGAUUGUUUGUAAUAAUUGAUGGAGUCAGGAGAAAAUUGUUUCCAGCAUUUUACUGAUUUGUGACUGGUGGCUCAUACAGCUAAUAACAUUAUUGAGAAUAGGAUUCCUGUUAAAAUUUUUCCUGAUUAUGAUGCAUGGUUAGUUGCUGAAACUUUGUAUCAUUUGGGUCAGUAAUUCCCACAAGAGACUGUUAACCUGUUGUUAAUUAACUGUUAAAAACAGCACUGUAUUAUGUUACUACUUUUUUAUUACUAUUAAAAAAUGUCCACAUUUUAGUUACAAGCAGUUUCUCAUUCAGGGAUGGUCAGACUUUCAGACAAGAUGGAUCAGUGUUUACAAUAAAAGUUACUGAAAACUUAACCUGCACAAAUUUUCAUUUAUGCAUUGGUGCUCAAUCAUAUAAAACUAUUACAUUCCAACAAUUUUAGGAAAUAUUUGUUUUAGUUCAAAAUAAGGUGAUUUCAUUAGUCUUAGAAUGAGGCACAAUUCAGAAACUGAAUCCUGCACAAAUUACAUGAGAACAAACAGAAAUAUUGUAUAUCUAUUAUCACAUUCUACACAAAAUGAUGUUAUCUGAAAGUAUAAAUGGUUUCCUGUAUCCCUCAUUUUUACUUGUGAAAGUUUCGCAGAGUAUUACAUAAUUACAAAGAAAUCUGCCGAAGUGGAAGUUUGUUUAUUUUAUAGCACAGUGCUGAGAGAGAGCACUUCCUCCACACCUGUAACUGCAUUGUUUCCAGAUGUCUUAUUUAAUAUUUGAAUCUCAAUCUUAGCAAUAAUUAAAUAAUGGUACAUUUUGUUUUCUGAAUACUAUAUCAAUGUAUCAGUUCAUGAAACUACGUAACAUUAGUUUCUUAUACAAGGGUACUGCAUGGUCUCAUCAGAUCUAGUCAUCUUUUUCUGUGUUCUCAUGUAAACUGACAGGAGAAGAUUUAAAAACUGUUUAUUAAAAUACUUCAUUUUUUUCUGCUCAAUUUAUUUAGAAGCUUCAUGUAUUGUAAUCUGUACAUAGAUGUUUAAAAAAGUGGUAUACAACCAAAUAUUUUA